AAACAGAGAGAGAAAGGGGAGGAGGAAGAGGGAGCUGUGUGUCUCUCCUGCAUCAGCGUCCACAUCACUGCCACGCCAGCCUUAGUCACCGGAAUAUGAGGAAGAUCACUGUACAACACAGCUAAAAACACCAUCAGCAGCAGCAGCUCCUCCUCCUGCUACACCGGAUUUGUAUUCAGACAUUAGGCCACGACGGUUCUACCUUCACGACGCACAGGCAUCUAAAAACUCCUCCAGACAGGAGGAGCCUUUCUCAGGCAUGACCUGAGAGGAGAGGCAGGCAGCCAUCACUGUCUCCGUUAACAUGGGCAACCAGGAGGCAAAGCAAAAGAGAGCUGCAGCAGCAUCGGGUAAUGGAAGCUACCCUUCGCUGGACGAAGGAUGGAGAGAGGGAGGAGGGGACGUGGCAAAAAAAGGAGGAAAGAAACUCCAUGGUAAGCAUGGAGGUAAAGGAGCAGGCAGCGGUGGAGGAGGAGGAGGAGGAGGAGGAGGUGGGAUGCAUGGCACAGGACCAGGCAAGAAGAAAAACAAAUCCGACUCCAAGUCUUCUGUGUUCUCUAUCCGUAAGAGAAAGAGCAACCUUAAAGGGAAAGGAUGUUCAUCAGUGACAGGCUCCAAAGAGGAUGUUUUAGCAUCUCAACAUGAUGAACUGGACAGCACAAAAACACCUGAUCUGUCUGCAGAUGAGCUGGGACAGUCGGACAACGAGGCUGCUUUCCCCGAGAAACGAAAGAAAGCGGAGCAAGCGAAAAAUAUUAGAAAUGGAGGAGAAGGAGGGCAGAAGCCGGAGAUGCAGAGGAAAACCUCAGCAGCACCAAUAUCUCCCACAGAGGAUGGAGGACAGAAGGCAGGGAGCUCAGGCUCAGAUACAGAUAUCUACAGCUUCCACUCAGCAGCUGAGCACGAGGAUUUACUUGCAGACAUCCAGCUGGCUAUCAGGCUCCAGCACCAGCAGCAACAUGAUGGGGUUCACUCAGUAAUAGAAGCAGAAGGAUUCGGAGGAAAGGAUCUGAGCCGGGGAACAGCAGAGGGGAGGAGCAAACGGAGUAAUGGUGUUGUUAAAUUAACUCCUCCUGAGGUGCUUGACCUGACCCCCGAACUAGAGCUGGGGUCUGAUGCCCUGUCAUACCUUGAGACAGGAAUCCUGUCUGGAUCUGUCAAGCACACAACCCCACCUCCAACGCUACACCUCCCCUUUCAAACAGAGGUACAACAGCGGACGGAGGAGAAGGAGGAGGUGGAGCAUCUGGAGGCAAAUGGGAAGGGGCAGAGGGGGAGAGAAGUCCCUCUUUGUGUUGCCACAGGCACAAAAGACCAGCAUUCCUUGCUGCAGCAGCCCCCCCUCACAGACAUCUCCAUGGCUACUGCAGGGGGGACAGUCACCAUGGCAACCAGUAGCAACAGCUUCCCAGAGUUCACAUUUGACAGCACUGGGAAAACCCCAGGGAAGGAGGAGGAAGCAGGAGGUGAAACCCAGCAGGAGGAGAGGAAGUCCGAGGUGGAGCUUGAUCUCAGUCCUCCACUGGCAGACAUCAAUGACAAAAGUCCUGAACCCACAGAGGGGCUAAGCUCAGGGACUGUGUUUGAAGAAGGUGAGGGUCCCUUAGGCUCAGGCUCCAGUGCCGAGUCCCUAGAGGACUGUCUGAGCGCUGGUUCUGAACCCAACCACUCUGCCGCUGCAGGUACCAGUUCCUCCCCUGUGGAUGAGCAGUGCAGGAGGAGCAGCGUCUGCUCUACCUCGCUGCCUCCCCAGGAGAGCCCCACGUUAGCCAAGCGACUCCUCAGGUCCACCCACUCUUCCACCUCGUCUAGCCCCGUGGUGAAACCCUACCCUCGCAUCUUCCCGUCCUACAUCAAGACCACCACCAGACAGCUCAGCUCCCCAGGACACUCCCCAGCUCUGUCACCCUCCCACAGCCCCCUGUCCCCCCGCAGAGUCCACCAUCACUUCCACAGGAUGAUGGCUGAAGGUCACCGGGUCCACAGGAAGCGCUCUCGCAGCCUUGCUAGCAGUCUGAGCCGCUCAGCUGACUGGACUGAGGAGCUUGAGAGGAGGCUAAGGAGCAGAGAGGAGGAUGGAGGGAGCACUGGAGGUUCAGGAGAAUAUCUGGUGGGCUACAGAGGAGGAGGCAGCCAGCCCAUCUGUGCUACCAGAAGAUCCUCCUGUGGACAGGUCUCUACCUGUGGCUUUCAGGAUGUCUUCACAGGCCGCACUCUUCUGGAGAAGCUUUUCCUGCAGCAGCAGCAGGAGGAGCCAGAGGAAGCUGAGAGGCUCUGCUCCAGGAUCCUGGCCAUGGGCUUGUUGCUGCCGUUCACAGACUGCUUCAGAGAGCAGCUGGGAGGCAGCACUGCCCACAUCACCUCCACUGCAUCAGCCAAGUUUGAUCAUGACCAGCUGUAUACAUGGGCAGCUGUCAACCAGCCACCACACUCCCUGGACCCACUUGAAGGGAAACUUCCCGGUCAGAUCAAGGGCCCUUGGCUUCCAGCAAGGCCAGGCAGCGACAACAGGACUGUGCCCAAAUCCACAGAGACAGUUUGUCCAGAACAUCAUGUCGGCAUCACGGGUUUGAGGCAACAACAGAAGGAUAACCAAGAGGAGGAAUAUGUCCUUCCUGCAACAAAACUGAAGGAAAAACACGUCAAUGUUAUCCAGCAGCUGGAACAAACCAUAGAGGACCUCAGGACAAAGAUUGCUGAGCUGGAGCGACAGCCUCCUCUGCUGGACAAGGACAGCAUGACAACCGCCACCGUCACCACAGACCGGGAGUGUGGAGGAGAGGAGGGCCUGCUGAAGGUCGUGUGUGAUGCUCACCUGCAGACGGAGGCAGCUCCUGGUCUGGGCUGCCUGGAGGCCAAGUCGGUGCAGACCUCACCCAUGGAUGAAAGCUUUAAGUUCAAAGUGCCUUGUAGUGAGCCGGGUGGAGGAACCGUCCUCCUGCAGCCCCCACCCAGGCAGGAGGGCGUCCAGUGUUCAUGUCGGCUGCAGCCUCCUCCUCCACCCGCCCUUCCAGGAGGAGCUGUGCCUCCUCAUUCAGGGCAAGCAGCGGCACCCCCUCCUCCACCUUUACCUGGAGGCUCCCUGCCAGCUCCUCCACCACCACCGCCUCCUCCUCCACCUCCACUUCCUGGAGGUCUGGCUCCACCCCCACCACCUCCUCCUCCACUUCCUGGAGGUCUGGCUCCACCUCCACCACCUCCUCCUCCACUUCCUGGAGGUCUAGCUCCACCCCCACCACCUCCUCCUCCACUUCCUGGUGGUCUAGCUCCACCCCCACCACCUUCUCCUCCACUUACUGGUGGUCUAGCUCCACCCCCACCACCUCCUCCUCCACUUCCUGGUGGUCUGGCUCCACCCCCGCCACCUCCCCCUCCCCUUCCUGGAGGGCUCGCCCCACCUCCACCCCCUCCGUUAGCAGGACUUGGAGGUCCACCUCCUCCGCCACCACCUCCAGGCUGUGGGCCUCCUCCUCCUCCUCCUCCUCCUCCAGCAGGAGCCAUCUGUGUUCCUCCUGCUCUUCCAGGGACUUUGGGCUCCCUGCCUCCUCCGCUUCCACUGGGGCUGUUUGCUCUCGGUCUCACGCAGGAGAAACCCCCCAGGAAGGCCGUGGUGGAGCCGCCCAGACCGAUGAAACCUCUCUACUGGACCAGGAUCCAGCUCCACACUAAAAAGGAGGUAUCUUCUUCGCUGGUGUGGGAGACAAUUGAAGAACCGGAUGUGGACUUUGAGGAGUUUGUGGAGUUGUUCUCCAAAUCAGCUGUGAAGGAAAAGAAACAGCCCCUGUCUGACACCAUAACUAAGUCCAAGGCCAAACAGGUUGUGAAGCUGCUAAACAACAAGCGCUCUCAGGCGGUAGGAAUCCUCAUGUCCUCGCUGCACCUUGACAUGAAAGAUAUCCAGAAUGCUGUCCUAAACUUGGACAACACCAUAGUCGACCUGGAGACUUUGCAGGCGCUGUAUGAAAAUAGGGUGCAACAAGAGGAGCUGGACAAGAUUGAAAAGCACAUAAAAUCUUCUAAAGACAAGGAGAACGCCAAGCCUCUGGAUAAACCUGAACAAUUUCUCUACCAACUCUCCCUGAUCCCAAACUUCUCUGGCCGAGUCUUCUGCAUCCUCUUCCAGUCUAGCUUCUCUGAGUGCAUGUCGUCUAUCAUGAAGAAACUAGACACACUGCAGAGGGUAUGCAAGGCGUUGCAGGACAGUGAGACGGUAAAGACGGUCCUAGGUCUGGUCCUGGCCUUCGGUAACUUCAUGAAUGGUGGCAAUCGAACCAGAGGCCAAGCUGAUGGCUUCACCCUCGACAUCCUACCCAAACUCAAAGAUGUCAAGAGCAGUGACUCUCUGAAAAGUCUUCUGUCUUACAUCGUUGCAUACUACCUCAGGCACUUUGAAGAAGAUGCUGGAAAGGAGACGUGUGUGUUUCCUCUCCCUGAGCCUCAUGAUCUGUUUCAGGCCUCACAGAUGAAGUUUGAAGAUUUUCAAAAAGACCUGCUUCGACUCCGGAAGGACCUCAGAGCGUGUACAUCAGAAGUAGAAAAGGUGUGCAAGAUGUCAGAUGAGGGUAAUUUGCAGCCUUUCAAAGACAAGAUGGAGGACUUCCUUGCACAAGCUAAAAGUGAACUGGAGACUCUGGAUGCUCAACUCAGCAGCACUCACAAACUGUUCCUGGAGCUCACAGUGUUCUUCUCAGUGAAGGCCAAGGCAGGUGAGAAGGAGGUUUCACUCAACACGUUGUUCUGCAUCUGGCAUGAGUUCUCCUCCGACUUCAAGGACCAGUGGAAGAAAGAGAACAAGGCCAUUCUCAAGGAGAGGUUAAAAGCAGCAGAAGAGUGUUUCCGGCAGGCCAAGGAGAAGGCUUCCUACAGUGUUAAACCCAAACAUGCCUCUGGCAUCAAAGCCAAGCUUGGCAUGAAGAUUUAAGUCAGUGGACUUGGUAUGUUUUUUUCCCUGACUUUGGACACCAGCAAUGAGUCACAUUCAAUAGAGCAGAAGAUCAAACUAAGAGACAGAUCAUGACUGGCAUAUAUGUGCAGCUGAACCUACACUAGACAUCUUGCUUGGCUUGUUUAUUUCUGUUUGAUGACUUUUGUCUGUCAGCUAUCAGCCUGUUGCCUUACAUGACUCAUGAAAUCAACUCAGUAGUGAAAGAAUGCUGCAGCAGGGCCAUCAGUGACAUGCAGCGUAUUGUAGACAUCAGCUGGAAUAUCAACAUACUGUCUGUGCAGCCUUUAGCUCCACAUUUAUCAGAUAAUUUAAUGCCUUCUUACUAAUGAUUAUACAGCUGAAUGGUAAAGUCGAACAGUAAACUUGUUGCGUUUGAGGGAGAAAAAAGGUUAUCUUUUUACUUUGUCUAUAUCAACUUCCCACAAGCUCAGUAAGAUGUGAUGCUGAUGGAGAACCAGACUGAAGCAACGAUCACAUGACUCAGUAUUCUAAUCGUUUCAGAAAGGAUUCAGACUUUGUGCUCCACUGGGAAAAAAACUUGGCUUUCAAAAGCAAUGUCACAAACUGGAGUGAGUACAUGUAUAUUUAUAGUAACUGCUUAAGAGUUUACCUUGAAGUAUCUCUUCUAAGAUGUAUGAAUUCAAUGAGCAGAAUAGCCAACAGUUCACUCUAUUUCUCCAACCUACAAAGUGAGGUCAGAAAAGGGAGCAGAUCUGAAUAUUGUCUGAAGCACUGUUGCUAACACUGACUGUAACUGUCUGUCUGGUCACCUGUUGGUAUUUAGAUAGAUAGAUAAACAGCUGUUUGAAUCACUGACUCCAGCAGUAUUCAUAGGUCAUUUUUUGUCUGCAGUUUAAAUCAAAGUCUAUAGGAUCUCAGUUGUGGUUGGUUUGUUGGCAUGUGUGGGUACAGGUUGUAACGACACGUCUUUUAUUAGUCCAGAUCUGCCACCGACAGCUGCUCUGUCAGAAAUACAACAGAAGAACAAGUGCAGUUCAAACAGUCACAGAACUGAAUGAUGACUUUAGUGAUGCAAUUUGUAAUGUGUCUUAUAUGAAAAGACCACAUAUUAUCUGUAUGUGAUUUAGAAUUUAUGGAUUUUGCUAUGAACAGUGGUAAUGGUGACUUUAAACAGUUCAGCAUUCAGAUCAGCCACAUCUGGAUGCUGAACUGUGAAUUUAUUCUACAAAUUUCCAAUGAAAAAUUCUGUGGGAUGGUAAUUUUAUCAUGUUCCAAAGUUAUUACAAAUGUUCAAUGUGUGCGGUGCUUGUGACGCGACACAUCAAGUCGGUAGUGGAGUUCCUGCUACACUUGAUGCAGCAUGUCGUGUCUAACAUUCUCCAGAGCCUCAGUGAUUCUGUUCUUGAGUUCCUCUACACAGCAGAUUCUCGUUAAGAUAAGCUUGCACCCUGAGUUUCCAGUCUUUAAACAAAUGAUUUGGUGAUGGAAUGAUGUCACAUUGUAUUUCUGUGAACAUGUUAUAGGUUAGGAACAUCAGAGACAAUACUUCACAACAUGCACUGUAAGGCUGUGAUGUUUGGUCCAUAACACAAGGUUCAGGACGCUAUAAGCCUGCAAGGCUGGACAGAGAUAUCUUCACUGCAUUAACGCACUUGACUUUUCCAUUUAAUCGUUUAUGCGUUUAGUUGGAAUGUAACUGAUCUUGCUUAUCCAACACAUUCUGUAGAUAUAACAGUUUAGAGGCACCACACUUUCUGCUAUAGGGGAAAACACUGUGGCUAAGAGAAAGAUGCAGCUUUCAUGUUUCCUCAAAAUAAUGACAGGUAGAAUUGCUAUAGUGGGACAUUUGUGUGAAGGGAGGCAAGAACUAUGAUUAAAAUGGUUAAUUCACUGAAAACACAACUAGGAAGACUGCAUUCUUCCAAAUCCUCAGAAAAAGUUGAAAUUCUGAGUGUGGUAGGAGACAGGAGCAGCCAGCAGCAGCCUUAUACCUGCAUCCUGUAUUCAAUGAGUUCCAUACAGAACAUUCACUCUUGUUACAAUCCAUUAAUGAUUGGAUUGGAUGUUUUGUUGUAAAAGGAUGCAGUGGUGCUUAGUGGCAGCUUAGGACAAUCCAACAUCUGCUGCAAAUGUCUGCCAUCCCUCAUGUUGGUUGCCUUGUCCUAGGAAAAUAAUGUUGAAGUCAUUUUUGUUAAUUAGUUAGAUAUUUUAAAUCAUCAUGGGCCAUAGAAAAAAAGUGAUCAACUUUUGGUGUGAGUUGCACCACUAUGUGGCCGUAUACUGCACACAAUGAAGCAGUGGUAUUUGCACUUCUGCUAUAUAACCCCUGCAAGCUAAAAAGUCUGGUGGUAAUGACUUUCAGUACCAGCUCAAAUCUGUCCUAAAUUUCAAACACAGUUAAGCUUCUUUCAAUUAUUGCAUAAUAUUCUUUCAUGCCUGGCUGUUUUGGAGGUUUAUGGUUUGAACAUAAUCAAGCUGCCACAACAGUUGAAUAGGAUCAACAUAUAAAUGGAUGUGAAGUUGUGAAUUCAUCUUAUCCUUGAUGUUUUGUUAUAUUCAAUAAUCAGAUGCCACCAAAAUUGUCCACUAUGAUAUGUUUUUGAUUAAACUAGCAUAAUUGGAUUGAAUUUUGAAAUGAAUUCAAUUCAAUUUUAUUUAGUUUAAUGCAGUUUAUUUAUUUUUAUCCCCUGAAUGUGGGGGUGUGAAGCAUUCCCAGCAAUACACAGAGCUGGGUCAGUUUGUCUUUACCACUGAGGUAACAGAGGAGUGGAGUUACCAGUAUGGAUUUACAGCGUGGAAAAGUAAGAGAACUGUGGCUUCACCUAAACUACAGCAAUGAACACAUUCUUUUCAAUGUGGCAGUAAAUGGCCUCACCAUGACAUUGUAACUCUCUUCAUGGACCUUUAGACGCCUCCAUGAUGCUUUUUGUGAUGCUACAUCCCCACUGUCCAAUCAAACUUUGUCUCUAAGUGAAAAAAACUACUUCAAUAAGCAAUUGUACAGCAGCAGUGGUGAUUGGCAGAACAAUAAUGUCAUUGUGCAUUUUUUAAUUUAUGUUGAAUGCUAUGCCAUACCAUACCUGAUACACUGUGCGUGUCUGUAUGUGUGUGUUUUCUCAUCACCUGGUUGAUCACAUCUCUCUGAUUGAAAGCUGGGGUGAAGGAUGUGUACAGUGUAUUGAAAUACAGGUAUUGACUUUUGUUGCAAAAUUAAUGUAAUAAAUUGUACAAAAAUAUAUAUAUUGUGAGGCACAUUUUCUAUUUCUUUCACUGAUGUCCUCUUCAGUUUGCAUGAUACAACAGGAAGUUGAUUGGGUUUGAACAGUUUGUGCAUAAAAUGUUUCUGCAGACAUGCAUAUGAACAAGAUGCAUUGGGUCUUGGAACAAUGUAAUUUAUGUAAAAUAAAGAGAAUUAAUUGAG